AUGGCCGUCACCACCGUCGAAGAGCCCAAAGAAGCCCCCGAAGUCUUCGAGCCUCCCCCCAAAGUCGUCACUACACCCUGCGAUCCCUGGCCGAGACCGUACAUCCUCGACGAAGGCCUGAGAAGAGUCGCGCCGUAUCACUUCACAUACAACACGUACUGCAAGCAGCGAUGGCGGGGUCGGGAGAUUCUGGAGAUUUUCAAGGAUGAGUUUCGAGAUCGGCCGGUGGAGUACUAUAAAGAUGCCAUAGAGAAUGGUGCGAUCCAUGUGAAUGGUAAACCUGUCGAAUCGACGGCGAGCACCGUUAAGAAUGGCGAUGUCAUCAGCCAUACUCUCCAUCGACACGAGCCUCCCGUUACGGCGCAACCGAUUGGCAUCGUGCAUGAGGACGAUGGCCUGAUCAUCAUCAACAAACCGGCUGGGGUUCCUGUACAUCCAGCGGGUCGAUACAACUACAACUCCGUCAUCGAGAUCAUGCGGGCAGAAAGAGGGCAUCAGUGGAAUCCUUUGCCAUGUAAUAGACUGGAUAGACUGACGAGUGGAGUCAUGUUCAUCGCGAAGCACAAGAAAGCUGCAGAAGCGGUGACGGAGCAGCUUAUGGGUCGAACGAUACGGAAAGAGUACGUUGCGAGAGUUAAGGGCGAGUUUCCUGAGGGAGAGGUCAUCUGCGAACAGCCGAUUCUGCAGAUAUCGCCGAAGUUGGGCUUGAACAGAGUGAGAGCGAAUGGGAAAGAGGCGAGGACGGUGUUCAAGCGACUGGCCUACUAUCCUCCAGGCAAGGGAAACAAUCUUGGAUACAGCAUCGUUCGAUGUCGGCCACUGACUGGUCGGACACAUCAACUUCGAGUACAUCUGCAGUAUCUGGGACACCCCAUCUCGAACGAUCCGAUCUACAGCAACCAGCGAGUUUUUGGCCAGGACCUUGGAAAGGAUUCCAGUACAGGUGACGAUGACGAGGACAUCAUCAGCAGACUUUCACGAAUGGGCAAGGACGAGGUCGCCGAAGCAGUGGCCUAUCAUGACGAAAUGGUGGACGAGUACAAUCGCAAGAAGGCAGAGAAGAUGACUGGGGAGCUCUGCGACGUGUGCCAGACACCUCUGUACAGCGACCCUGGACCUCACGAGCUGGGAAUCUAUCUGCACGCACGGAAGUACGAGUGUGCUGAAGGCAAGUGGAGCUACGAGACUUCACUGCCCGAGUGGGCACUACCGCCAACAGGAUAUGAAGGGCCGAAGGAGGCAACGAGCGAGACGGAUCCUCUCGCCGUGGAUGUUGAGAAGUUGACGUUGAAUGAUCCUACAACCAACGGCGAAGAGACGACAGCAGCUUCUGCAACAUGA